AUGUCGUCUAUGACACCUCGGCGAUUCGGGUAUAUACCAAAGCGUCGCAAACGAUUAAUUAUGAAUGACCAACCUGGACGCUAUCUACCUCCUAGGGUGGUGACAGCUGGCGUGAUUUGCGGAUGUUUUGUCUUGAGUAUUGCCGAGCCCAUGGGGCUGGAAGCUUCUUUUGGAAAUCGAUUUCGCUCUUAUAGACGCUAG